CUCCAAUAUAUGGCUAGUUUUUUUUCACGAGAAGGGGAUUAUUAAGACAAUUUUGUGUGAGUAUUUCACCUUUUCCGGGGCUCGGUAUGGCAAUUAAAAAAUUAAUGGUUUCUUGGAGGUUUAUCGUCUUUUUUUUUCGUCUUGUUGUGUUUGGGUCGUUGUGUAAUGAAAUCUCAACGAAUUUGAGGGUCUUUCGAGGGGUGUGUACGGGGCAUAGAAGGGGGGAAAUGUGAGUAAAUGAGAUAGAUGGAAAAUUGUUGUAGAAUGAAAAUAAAAGAAUCAUCCAACAGUCACCGAUAUUAAAGGUAGAAAAUAAUGCAAAAGAAUAAAAAUUGUGUGGAAUAUUGAAAGAAGACACAAAACUUCCAAUGAGAUAACCCAUAAAGGGGUACUAAAUACAUGAAAAAGAGAGAAAGAAGAUGAGCAAAAGAACUUUCAGUGUUUCGGUAAAUGAUUUUGCUCAUUCAACGGAACGGUGACGGUAUAAGACAAUCAAAUAAGAAAAGAAGAAAAAAUAGGCAGAGAAUGAGCAAAAAAAACAAGUCAAAAUUUUUAUAUACAUUACUUGAAUAUUGUGUGAGAUAUUCUCAUAUUGUUUGCCAGCCCAUAAACUCGAAGGGGAAACUCAAAGAGAGUGAAAAUCUUUGCUGUAUGAUGGUUCAACGUAUUGCUCUAUUAUGACGCGUUUCUUUAGAGAGAAAAUUGCCCCCUCAUCAGUGAGGUCAGACUCUGUGUGAGGGACAUGAAGUGCAUUAGCUUUUCUCAUUGCGUUUGAGACUGUAAAAAACAUUUGCAAAUUGCGGAAAAUUCCUUGACAAUUUCGGCGGGGGAUCAAUGGCCACAGCAGAGAUGUGCCAACUCACCUUGCUCUAAAGGAAAAUUUUCUCUGAUAUUUGCCAAAAUGUUUAUUUCAAUUUACGAAGGCUGAUUAAUGCCCGUGUCCUCUGGAAAGUUUAAUUAAAUAUUUUUUUUUAGUGCGGGAAAAGCCAAGAAAUUUGCGCGAAUUUUUUUCUUUGUUGUUUGAGAGUAAUUUAGCCUCUGCAGAGGUUAGACCGGGGGUUAGAGUUUUUUGUAUAAAAAUGAAAAGUAUACCCUCUGUGAAUUAUCAGUUCUUGUUAGAACAUCAAAGUGGAACCAAGUAGAGCAAGAAAAGUGAGAAAAAAUGUGGAAAUUUGUGAUUUUUCUUUUUGUGGGAGUUGGUGCUCAGUCAAACAUCAAUUGGUGCAAUAUGAAGACACAGUAUUGCAGAGGACUGGAUCAUAUUGCCUGCGAACCGAAUAACUUUCCAUAUGCAACAGGUGUGAGGAAUAUUCAGAUUGUUCCAAUGACUGAUGCCAUCAAGACAGCAAUUGUAGAUCGUCACAAUUUCUAUCGAAGCAGGAUUGCAAAAGCCGGAGAAUCAGGCGUUCCAGGUGCAGCAAAAAUGGAGAAGAUGGUGUGGAAUAAUGACUUAGCCUAUGUGGCUGAGCAACAUGCAAAGCACGCUAACUUCCAGCACGAUGACUGCAGAUCCUUCACAACUUUUCCCAAUUCUGGACAAAAUUUAGCCUCUGGCUCCUCCUCAGCUCCCUUCUCCUCUCUCGUUGAUAACAUUCAGACGCACAUUGAUUUGUGGUACGGAGAGGUGGCAGCCAUAAAGGAUAAACUUAAAUGUAUUGAUUCCUUCACCCUCACCGACAACUGUCUCGAUGCAGGACAUUUUACAGUGAUGGUCAAAGAUGUCAAUAAUGCAGUUGGAUGCUCUGCUGUAACAUUUGAGCAGCAAUACGGCACAAGGUGGUUUUACAGCCUCCUAACAACAUGCAACUAUGCCGAUACUAACGUUAUAAAUCAACGUAUCUACAACACCGGAACUUCCUGUUCCGCCUGCGCUUCAGUUAAAAAAUCCUGUGAAUCAUCAUCAGGGUUGUGUGUUUGAAAAGUAAAUAAUUUUAUUUUUUUCAAGCAUAUUUCCUGAAUGUUUCGAAAUAAUUUCGAGGCUCUCACUUGCUAUUUAAUUCCUGUAUUUACCUAUUUAACAAGUGCCAAACUUUUUUACAAGAAACGUAGGAAAAUUUCUUGGAAAUUGUGAAAGAAAUGUGCGGAAUUUUUGAUUAUUUGCUUCGUAUCACGUAGAUAAAUUUAAAAAGUCGAAGAUAAUAUGAUAUUGGUAGUAUGCUCGUAUUUUAUUUUUAUUUUAAGAAUUUUUAAACUUCUAAUCUUAUUUAAAGAGAAGUUUUAGAUAGAGUUUGAGUUUUUUUUAAUUGAAAUAUUAUUGAUUUAUUAUUUAGUUUGUAUGUAAAAUAGAAAUUAAAAAAAAAAACAAACAAAAUAUUAA